AUAUGCGGAACGAUUCAUCUAUCCACUUGGCCUGCAUACUCUUGUUACCCUUCCCUUCCCGAUCUUUUCCUUCUUUCUGAGUACCCUGCCCAUGAUAUUUGCGAUCAACAUCAUCGCAACAUGGAUUUCCUCAGAAAAGUCGGGAGCUGGAUUGCUCCCCCACCAGCCAAAUCCGAGGAUGGACGCGACCAAUGGCCCUCCCGAGCAGCUUUCCUACUGGCCGCUAUGGGCGGUUGCGCCGGACAAGGCAACCUCUUGAGGUAUCCUUCCGUAAUGUACAAUAACUAUGGCCUUCAAUGGUUCAUACCGUACCUGCUUGCCGUGUUCCUGAUCGCGAUUCCAACCCUUAUUCUCGAAGUCUCUAUCGGCCAGGCGUACCGGGGCGGAACAGUCAUCGCGUACAACAAUAUCAAUCGUCGGCUGAAAGGUGUGGGUCUAGGCUCUGUAAUUGUCAGUUUCAUAGUCGUGCAGUAUUUCACUGUCAACUUGGCGUGGAUCAUGAACUACUUCCGAUGGAGUUUUACAAGUCCGUUGCCUUGGAAAGACAGACUCGACGACUUCUACUGGAACGACAUUCUCCAAGUUGGUACCAUUAAUGAGGGUAGUCUGAGUCCAGAUGGCAAUUCCGUGCUAUCUUUCACAGGUUAUCCAGAGGUUUCAGUCAUUGGAGAGACCCUAGGAUGGUCUGUCUUUAUCUGGUUCUUGAUCUGGAUUUCUAUCUUCCGUGGCGUUGGUAUGACUGGCCGCGUCGUUUAUUUCACCAUGGGGUUGCCGAUCGUUACCACUAUCAUCUUUGUAGGCCGGUGCCUCUCUCUCGAAAAUGCGUCCGAAGGUGUAAAUCUCAUCUGGAGAACCUGGAGGAGUGAUCAGCUGGCAUCUGGAACUGUCUGGCAGACCGCCGUCGGACAGGUCUUCUUCUCCACCGGAAUCGGCUUCGGUUAUUUCACGAGCUAUGCCAGCUACAACCAGAAGCAUUCUAAUGCGGUUAUGGACGCGAUUCUUAUCUGCUCGAGCAACGUUCUGUUCGAGAAUUUCGCUGCAUUUGCCAUUUUUGGUGUUGUUGGUUUCUUGCGCAGAUGGCCUGAAGAUGGGGUCCGACUGGGAGCCUUCGUCGUAGGCUUUCUGACAUUACCCGAGGCGGUUCUUCAAAUGCCAGCUCCCAACUUCUGGGCUUUUCUCCUGUUCUUUACCUUGGUCGUUCUUGGUUUCAGUUCCGCAUUCGUCAUGUUGGACGUUGUCGUGACCUUGAUUUGCGACUCUGGCUUGGUGAAGAUGUCGCGUCCAUGGGUCGUUACGAUAUUGACCGUCCUCUCCUUUCUUAUGUGCAUUCCUUACUGCACCCAGUUUGGCUACUAUCUUCUUGAUGGCAUAGAUCGCUGGGUCAACAACGUCGCUCUCAUCUUCGUAGCGUGGACCGAAGUAGUGAGCGCAACCACAGUCUACCGCUGGGAGGAUGUGGUGAGCCAAACCGGACUGCCCGCAUUCGCUAUCUACAACUUUGGGUUUUUCGGCGCUCAACUCUUCGGUAUCCUCUUGGCACAUGGUAUCCGUGACCCUGGAAUUGGAGCUGCAGGUGGCAUCGGAUUCUACAUUGUGUUCUCGAUUAUAGCAGUGGUGAUUUCACGUACACCUGAUGAGGCAGCACCAGUAUUCUCUAAAGGCGCCCAAGCCCGGAGAGGCCUAUUGAGCAAACUCAAACUCCAUUUCCUCGCUGACAUCUGGAACAUUUCUCCGUUGCGCAAGUUUUGGUUCCUUGCAUACUAUUCAGGUAACCAACUCCGCCGUGACCUUAACAUAAUUGUGGGUACGGGCCGUAACUGGAAAAUUCCUCCAUUCCUGCCCUUUCUGCUCAGAUACAUUAGCGGCCCAGUCCUUGCGAUUGUCUUCUCAUUCGCCUAUCCCGAGUUUCACACAUUGCGAUACGAUCCUAUGAUGAUUGCUGGCUUUAUCCUGGCCCAUCUCACAAUGGUGGCUGUCAUCCUUGGCUAUGCAGUUCCAAAGUAUUACGAUGCUUUGAUACCAAUCGAGAGGCGUGGCGAGGGAACAGAGCCAACGGUUGCUAUGCAGACGAAGAACGAGCUUGCCGGACAACCUAUUAGCAACCUUGUGAACGCAGAGAGCGGAGAGGCACCUCCACCAUAUGUGGACUCUUCUUCCCCAAACACGAGUACUCAUCGCGGAAAAGAUGAAGUGGUGGCCAAAUAAUGAAGUGGCUGUAAUGGAGGGUUUCUGGAUGAUUUUCCGCGACAAUUUCUCCUUUUUUUUUUCAUUUAUUCCUCUCAUGGUCUUCUCUGCUGCGAUCCAGGGCGAUGAUUUCGAUCUACAUGCUGUCUACGGUCCGUUUUUAUAUGUAUGAUCAAGUCGGUUCAAGGUCCCUCACGUUGACAUCGGUCUCCCAUAAUCUUAUUCGGCUCGCUUUAUUCUCCCGCCUACUUUCCGAAGCAUACUGUUGGAACUACUUGCGUAUGGCAACUCUAGGGGUUGCUUGCGGACUAGUAAAAACACCAGGAGAGAACUCCUUAUCCAAACAUUAUCUUCGCAGUCGAUCUCCGCAUGCAAGAACUGAAACUCCAGCGUUGCGAAUCUU